AUGCUUUCUUAUUUUCUAUCACUUUCUUUCCACUUAACCGAUCUUCACACAUGUUAUCUCUUCCUUUCUUUCCCUUCAAUCUUUAUCAUCAAACACCGUGCCAACGAGAACGAUCUCAUCAUUUCCAUCGUAACGAAGCUUCUCCGAACCAUCUCGUUCAUUAACCACUCCUUUUUUUCGGCCCUCCUCACUCGACUUCUUUUUACUUCCUUUGCAGCUAUAGUUCCCUUUUCUAUACCUUUUCUUUAUCAGCUAUCGAUUUUGACUACAUUGACUGACUUUCUUUCAUUUUCUUUCUUUCGUUUUCUUCCGAGUUUUUCGACCAAAAUUUUAAAUUUCAUUCAUUCAUAUUUCUUUUUUCCCAUCAUCCUUGUCAUUUUCUUUUCUGUUUUUUUCUUCAUACCACUCUUCAUCUUUCAUUUGAUUUCUACGUUUAUUCUUUUCCCUGAUCUUCUUAUAUUAUUUUUCUCUCUCUCACAUUCAUAUUUCUUCCACUCAUUUCUAUUCUUCUCCGACUCACUUCUUGACGUUUUCUCUCUGUUUCUCUCUCACACUCUUUUACUCACGUCUCCACCACUGAUUCAUUUCUCUCCCUAUCUCUUCUAUCGUAUCUUUCACAUCCUUUUUAAUUUAUGCAUCUCCCUCUCUCCUUUAUUCAUUUCUCUCUUACUCUCAUUUCAUUAUGUCUUCCAUACUCACUUUCACUUAUUCCUCUCAUAUUCUUUCUAUCUUCUCGCUGUCUUUUUUUUCCAUACCUUUUCUUUUUUGUUUCUUUUUGGACACUCUUUCCCCUACUUUUUUCUUUCUUUAGUCAUUUUCAUUCCUGACCUCAUUAUUUCUCUUUCUAUUUUUCUCUUUUUUCCUUCAUGCUAUUGUCUUGAUGUUUUUAUUCUUUCUUUCAUUUAUUUUUUUUAUCCUGACAUCAUUUAUUUUUAUUUUUCACUAUGA